UUUGUUUAUGACUUUUGAUCUUCAUAUUCUGCAAGUAUUUCAUUUUGGAAAGAGAGUAUAGAUUAGUCUACUAGAUUUUGCUCCUAGGGAAUUCUGCAUCUCUCAACUUCUCAAUUUUAGUUUUUAAUCAAUUGAAAACAUCCACUCAUGAAGUAUAGUAAUAAGUUGUGUCUUCUCGGGACCUGGCUUGCAUUUACUGUAGCCUUACACAAACGAUAAGCUUUUGUUUUGUAUAACCCAAUUCCAAUUCUGUUGGUCUUUUGAUCUUCCUCAUUUUCUUAUAUAAAUUCUAUCACCUUUAUUUGUUCUCUUAACAAAAAAUAUAUUGGUAUUUGUGUGUUUUCUAGCAAUAGCAGAGUUUGGAGAAAUGGAGCAUGGACAAUCUGAAAAGUUUGAGAAAUUUACAUGGAAGGUUGAGAACUUCUCUAAGUAUAACACCAUUCUUGAUGUUUACUCCGAACCUUUUAUCAUAGGUGGAUAUCCAUGGGAGAUUAUUUUUAAUCAAAGGGGUUAUGAGUAUGCCUGUGAAGGCGACUUAUCAAUUUUUUUAAGUGCUGUGGAAACUGCUAAUAUGUCUGAAGGAUGGAGCAGACAUGUGAGAUUUAAGCUGUUCUUAGUUAACCAGAUUGAAAGUAACGAAUCAAUCAUACCAGAAGAGGAUGAAGUAGAAUUCAAUGCAAAUUCUAGUAUAUGGGGUACUGAAUGCUUCGUGACUUCAAGUGAGCUUCAUGAUCCUCUUUGUGGAUUUCUUGUGAAAGAUACGUGUAUUAUUGGUGCAGAGGUUUUUAUUUGCAACUCAAAAAAUGAGAGGCAAGUGAAUCAGACAUCUAGCUUAACUAGAUCCCAUCAAUCUGGAAGUCAAACAGUACAAAUGGAAUCUGAAGUUCUAAGGCCUAAGCUUGACGAAAAUAAUGACCAAAAUCUAGGCAAACCUGUGGAUUUCAAGGAUUUUGGACAAAUAGAAGAAGCGUUAGUUCCAUUGUUAGAAGAAAUUUGUGCUCAGCACCCUUCACUUAUUAAGUGCCAGCAGAAAAGAAGUCACAAGUUUAGGGAAUGGGCUUUCAAUGCUCUCGGCAGAGUUCUUUAUUUUCUUAAGACUAGAAAGAUGAAAGAUAUGAAUGACGUAGCUUGUAAGGAACUGCAAAUUUUUUGGGAGGAACUUGAACACUUUGGUUUUGACUUGACAUGGCUUGAGCCUCAUGUUCAAUCAGCUUUAGGAAUGAAGAGAUAUUUGGAAAAAUUAAAGGAGGUAGAAAAACUAAAAGAUAAUAAAGUAGUUAUUGAAUUGGAAAUUAUGAGGAUGAAGGCAAAGAUGGUUGCUCUUGAGGUAAAUCUGCAUGCUAUCAAAGAUUUGUUGGAAGCAGAAGACUUUGAAGAGAGAGAUUUGGAUGUUGAACUAGGAGUUGUGAACCCCUAAACAUAUAAGAUAAAUAUGCAUGUUGACAA